AUGUCAGGCAAGCCGAUCUUUGUGGCUACGCAUCCGCGAGCAUGCUCGACAGCCUUUGAGCGAGUCUUCAUGACUCAACGUGAUACUAUCCAAUGUGUCCAUGAGCCGUUCGGCGAUGCAUUCUACUACGGCCCGGAGCGACUCUCUAGUCGAUUCGCAGGCGAUGAACAUGCACAAGCACGUCUGGAUAGUGGAUUCGCCAAUUCGACAUAUAGAACCGUGAUGGAAAGGGUGGAGCGAGAAAAUACUCAGGGAAAGAGAGUCUUCAUCAAAGAUAUCGACCACUACCUGCUUCCACCGAAUGGCCAGCCCGCCAGUAUCGCCCCGUCUCUACUGCGCAUUAAGCGAGGAGUCGGUACCAACGGCGAUUCGCACAAGGCUAACGGUGUGAACGGUGCCAACGGCACUACUCCCACCAACGGCCACUCCGCCACAAAUGGUCACACCAACGGGGUCAACGGAGCCUUGAACGGUACCAACGGCACGGCCAACGGUGUAAACGGUCACGAGAUGAAUGGCCACACCAAUGGAACUUCGAAGGAACCGUACCCGUACGACACGCCCACAGAGCCGGGCAACCCAACCGUGAUGCCUCAUGAGCUGCAAGAGCAGUUCCACUGGGCGUUCCUAAUCCGCGACCCGCACUACAGCGUGCCGUCGUACCUGCGGUGCACGAUCCCACCUCUGGACGAGGUGACCGGGUUCCACAACUACGACCCGCUCGAGGCCGGGUACGACGAGCUGCGUCGGCACUUCGAUUAUCUGCGCGAGAGUGGAUUGGUCGGGCCGCGGGUUGCAACGCGCCCGGAGUUGAACGCCUCUGAUGAUGUGCAGGCGACGACUGGUGUCGAGGUGUGUGUCAUCGAUGCGGAUGAUAUGCUUGACGAGCCGGCGAAGACCAUCGAGGCUUUCUGUAACAGUACUGGUCUGCCGUACCGCCCGGAGAUGUUGACGUGGGAUACGGAGGAGGAACAUGCUGUUGCUCGGAAUGCGUUCGAGAAGUGGCGUGGGUUCCAUAACGAUGCCAUUGAGUCGAAGGCUCUAGUGCAGAGAACUCAUAAACGCGCUGUCAAGACCGAGGAGCAGUAUGACGCCGAGUGGCAGAAGAAGUACGGUGAGAAGCAAGCUGCUCUCAUCCGCCAGACAGUUGAUGCCAACAUGGCCGACUACCUGUACCUCAAGUCAUUCGCCGUGAAGGUUUAG